AUGAUAUCACGACGUCUUGUUGACGUAAUCAGUCACUAUCGAAGCGCUUCAUCAUCUAAUGAUCUUAAAAUUGAUUCGGUUUUGGAGGACUACCUAAAGUCGCUUUUUGAGGCUGAGGAUGAGGACGAAUUUAACUCGGAGGAAGUAUUGAAUCUUUUGAAGGAGCACGUCCCUGAAUCAAAUGCUAUUCCAAGAAAGGCUUUUAUCGAAUGGAUACUAGAAACUCGGACGCUCCUGAUGGGCGCGUCGGGUGAUAAAGCUGAAAUGCCACUGAAAGGAGGUAUUAAUGCCCUGCCUGAUACUUCAGGUGAACGGGUAAAUAGCCUGACCGUCUCCAGUGACUCGGAUCACCUCGCUCAGCUGUUUUCUCCGGUAGUCAUUUUUCGUCAACUUGCUAAUAUCGGACACAACAUUUUUUCCUUCCAGAUAUGUGAAGUCCGUGAGGUGGCGAGCCGAGCUAGAAAAACGAAGAAUGCUGCGGACAAUGAUGGACGUCCAGGAUUGACUUCAGGUGAGCGCUUGGCUACAAUGGAGCGCUAUGGAUUCUCGUCGUUCUCGAAGCCAAAAUCGCUUCUUCACCCCCCGGAGGUUACUGGGACGGCGUACCAU